AUUGAUCACAUGGUUUAUCAAAAAUUGAAAAUGUGAUUCCAUUACUUUUUUGAUUUUAUGCAAAGUUUUCUUACCUUAAUUCAUUCCAGCUAACUGAAAAGAGAGUGUGUGUUUUGUUCUCUAUUUGCUAACUGGCUGAUUCUUCAAUAUGCCAUUAAUAUAAUGUGAUUUUUGGUCCUCUGUAUUUCAGUAAAUGAUACCAUAACUCUAAUUAAAUCAUAUAUAUAACAAAUGGUUCUAUUUGAUUGAAACUGACUUUUGGUUUUUGCUUAUUUUAUAACCACCAAAAAGAAUGUAUCUCGUUGAUUUGAUGGAACAAAAACCUGAUUCAAGGAAAUUAUGCUCUUAAAAUUUAUAGGAUGUUUAAUUGGGUAUAUUGUUCUCUUGUCUAUUCAAACCUGCAGUUUUGACCUAUUUUAAAGUUGUAUUGAGAUGUGCACUGCUGUUAAAGAGUAAUGAUCCUAUUGUAUUGAACUAUUGAUUGAUUUCCAGGCAUGCUAAAACGCGGAAACAGGAUGGUGAAACAACGAAGUAAUGCCCAAAGUGUACGGAUGCCUGUUAUUACUACGUUUCUCAUUUUAAUUUGUGUUUUAGUUUGGGUUUUAUAUAGGGAAACUGGAGAAAAAUCUGAUUCAUUGACUGGUCUAAUCAAAGAAAAUUUGAAUAGCGUUAGCUUUUCGGUUAAGUUAGACCCAACUGUGGAGUUCAGAAAUGGGACAGAUUUAAUAUGGCAAAUCCCGGACUCACCCAAGGCAAUUCUCUUUCUGGCACAUGGUUGUAACGGUAAAGCAGCUAACUUUUGGGACAGAUCACCUAAGUGCCCGAAUUGUGUGGGUCUACCUGAAGAAAGACUUAUCACUCUUAAUGCCUUAGCUAAGAGAUUUGCAGUUCUCGGGGUAUCUAGUUCCGGGAGGUGCUGGUCGAUGGAAGAGGAAAGGUUUAUCAUUAAAGAUAUUAUCGAAUGGUGGGUUGUGAAACAAAAGCUUCAAAGCAUGCCUCUUGUAGCUUUGGGUGCUUCAUCUGGUGGAUAUUUUGUUUCAGUUCUUGCAACUGAUUUAAGAUUCAGUAGUAUAACAAUAAUGAUAGCCGAGGGUUUGUUUGAUCAAAUGGACAUUCUGAAAAGUUACCCUCCUACCCUUUUCGUGCACAUGCCCAAAGAUAAAUGGAGAAGGGUGAGAAUAGAGAGAUACUUGACAUUCCUGAAGGGUAAAGGCAUUGAAGUUGCAGAGGUCAAAUGCAUGGAGUUUGCAUUGUCACCUAAUCUGUUAGCUGAUAGGAUUCCGGGUCUUGAUUUAGCUACCUCAAGGAAGUUGUAUAGUCUAUUCCAGGAAAAAGGUUUCAUUGAUGCAAAAGGUUUCAUGAGAAAUGACGGGCGUGCAAUACAAUGGAAAGCGGCUCUCAAGGAGAGAGAGAUUAUUCUCCCAGACAAGUCCAUAGCGAAUCACAUUCAAGAGGAAAUGAAUCUUGCGUUUGCUUAUCAUGAAAUGACCAGCUUGCCGUCUGAGCAAAUCUUUAACUGGUUUGAAACUCAUAUGAGCUGAUCAGCAUUCUUAUGCUGUGUAAUUUUCCUCUAGUAGCAGAGGAGAGAAUAUGGUUACCACAGCUUUGGACUGGGUGACAACAGACCUCAGUACUGUUUUGUGCUCAUGUUAUUUCACGGGGUUGAAGUCCAAGUGGGUAUACCUGUGGUCAAAUUGUGAUGGAAAAUAUUGUCUCAGCAUUCGAACUUCAUCAUGUGAAAGGGCUGCCUCCUGUUAUAUAGAAAACAGUGUAUAGUGCAAAACACUUAGUACCUAGGUCUGUUUCUGUUUUUUAGAAAAAAGGUAAUUGAAACUAGGUUUACUCUUUGUCCUUAGGAAUGAAGCUCUUUUUUUUAAAUGAAGUUAGGAAUGAAAAUUUUCAAGUGCAAUUUCAUGUAAGUUCUUGUUAUCUCACCAUUAUAGGAAACACAAGCCUUUCUGUUCUUGAAUAUCUUGGGAAAUAAAAUCAAACUUUUAUCUAUUUUAUUCUAA